CUGCGGACGGGAGCGGGGCGCGAGACGCCGCAGCGGACGGCGUCGGCGUCGUCGGCGGCGAUGGCCGAGGCCUCCUACGGCCUGAUGGAGCACCAGCGAACAGCGCUGCUCUCGCAACGGGACCAGGAGGCGCUGCGCCGCGAGAUCGAGCGCCGCGACAAGGAGCGCAGCGAGCGCGCGUUCGAGGAGAGGAUGCGCCGCGGCGACCUGAUCGACGCGCACCGCGAGGCGAUGCGCCGGAUGCAGAGUAACGUCAGAGACCAGUGAGACUGGUGCGGACACGCGCGCACGUGGGAUAUGGUAACGGAUACAUAUACAUGGGUAGUCUGUUUCGCCGUUGCUCUUUUUUUCGUCGUUUUCAGCUCGGGGUUGGUCGGGGCAGGUCGGAUCUGCGAAUUGAUACCCCUUUCUUUCCUUUCACUCGGGCUUGCGGCCCCUAUUCUCGCUCACACUCCCUCGCCCUCCGGCGCACUGCCAACGGGACAACCGCCAACCGCAGCCACAGCUACGCAAUUCCGCCAACAUACCCACGGUGUUGGUGCUGUCACGGUUGGCGCUGAUACCCUGUGUGGCUUACUCCUACGCCAGCAGGCGCAGACAUCCGGACCAUUUCGCGGUCCUUACAACCGGCCGGCAAACCGGCCUGGCCUCUCGAGUAUUGUCUAAUUCAUAAUGACUAGCACCGACUAAGGGUGGACGGGCGAAAAGAGGCAAAAUCAAGCGAGGAGGGGGGGGGGGGGGGG